GAAUUCUGAUUUCCUGAUACUGAGCAGGUUCAUGUUCUGACACCAAUCUGAAUUAUUUACACUUUCUGGCCAUUCAGUUCUCUGAAUACUACAUUACCGAUGAGCCUCAGCUGCACCGUCACCAUGGUUACUGAAUUCAUCCACAGCUGAUUAAGAACUUAAAACUGAAUUCAUUUAAGCUGCAGAUUGUUUUUAGAUAUUUAGCUUCAGUCCUGAUUUUAAUCAAUAAAAUGAUCAAAGAACUUUUUAACAUUUCAUUUCAGCUGCAAUGUUGAAUUUUCAAUGAAACUUUUGUGAGAAGAUGCACAUUUUUAAUGAGUCCAAUAAAACCACAGCAUCACAGCUUCAUAAAAAACACAGUGAAUCAGAUGUGAGAGAAGAAGAAGAGCAGAGUGAAGAGAGAUGAAAUGAAACUGACGACAGAAACACUUUAAACACCUCACAUCACAUCAACAGUCCACAGACUAACGUUAAAGGAAACCGUGUCUGAUUCACUACGUUUCCCAUGAGCCUCAGUUGCUGCAGUCCACCUCAGUGAUCAGAAAUCAGAUGAUACUGAAACAUUUGAUAUAUUUAAAACUAAGAAAGUCAAAUGAUCAAUUAUUGAUUGAUUGAUCAGAUCACAGCUCUCAAAACAGAGUGAAUAAUGUCUGAAACAUGUUUGACUGUUAAUACUGAUCAAUCAGUAAUCAAUAAUGAAGGCCAAUGUUACAGUAAUAAAAGUGUGUUGAUAUAAUUUAGUGACAGAGUGAAGCAGAGGUCAGAGGUCAGAGCAGAUUUAAAGACAAAACACAGACAAGGUUUGAGUUUGAAUUUUAAAUGUUUUUUAAUUGAAACAACAACAACAUGGAUGUGAACAGUUUCUGAGUCUGAGCUUCAUCAGAAUGUCUCUGAUUGAUCUUUAUCAAUCAAAGUGAAAGAUUCACACAGCAACUUCUGUGUUUCCUCCUCAGCUUUCUGUUACUGUAUUAUUUUAUUAGAUUUAUUCACACGUAAUCAGUAUUUAAUCAGAUCUAUACAGUUUGAUAUUUUCAUCUAUAGAAAUGUUAUACUUUAUAAGAUGAUCAUCAUGGAUCCACUGCUGCUCCAUAAAUGACUAGAAAACAGACAUACUUCAGUAAAAGUGCCUCAGAAAUUGUACUUAAGUACUUUGGUAAAUGUACUUAGUUACUUUCCAUUUGAUGCUUUAGGUCUCAGUUACAUUGUUGAUGUGGAUCAGGACUAAACGAGGCCUCGUUCUGACCAAAGUCUGGUUUGUUUUAAUUGUUUUUAUCUCAUUUAAUUUCUCUGAUUUACUCUUUAAGUUUGUUUUGAAAGGUUUUUAUAAAUAAAGUUGAUUGAUUAUUAAUCAGUGUUUGGUUGAUACUCUGAUUGGCUGAUGGAGAUUAAUCUGUUUGUAUAAAUAUAUGACACUAUCUAUCCCGCAGGGCUAGAUAGGGUUAUCACUCGAUAAUUGAUCCAUAAACUUCCUAUAAAUAUUCACCUGGCAGUUUAUUAAUCUGUGGACACAGGAUGAUCCCAGAGGGACACACGGUUUCUGAGGGAUAUUUUUUUAAUCCUACAUUUCUUUAUCUGAUGUGUUUUGUGAUUUCUGUCUGAUUGGUUGAUUGAUUUGAUCAUUUCUAUUGAUUGUUCGGGUCAGCUUUUGAUACUCGGACAAUAUUUAAUUUUAUAUAGAUCUAAUUUUGUUUGACAAUAAAAAAAACACAGAAUAUCUUCAGAAUCAUAGUUUAAUGUUUUAUGUUGAACUUCCCACUGUCGUGUGGUUUGGGUAUUGAUCAGAUAUUGGUUUGCUGUGAUCAGGAUGUGAUUUUUUUCAUGUAUCAGUUCAGUGUUGUUGAUGAAGAUUAAAUAUUGUUUUAAUUUAAUAUUGAUUGAUGUCGUCUUUCUUCGUGGUUGAUCAUAUAGUGAUUGAUCAGCUAUUUAUUUAUCUUUACUCCUGAUGUUUUUGUUUCUUGUAAAGGUAAACGCCCCCUGGCGGCGGCUUAACGCCUCAAAAACGCUGACAGAAUCAGCCAAUCAGAGAAGACGCUCUAGCGCUUUUCCUUUGAUUGACGGGGACCCCGGCCAAUGGCAGUGCGCCUGCGCAGCUGGCAGUGUGGUGGGAGGGCGGAGCGAGGCGCUGCUCGGCAGCACAGCGGAAGAAAAUGGCGGCCGUGGCUGCAGAGCCAGGAGCUGCGGCGGUUCCAACAACAUCAACCGCGGCGACGGACGACGAGGGAUCGCCAGAACCGGGCCCGGGCUGCUCGGGACUCCCAGGAGCCCCGCUGGAGUCCGACGGGUCGCAGGAGUCUGGCCCGGCCGUGGAAGCUGGUCGUCCCCCGGGUGGAGGAUGGUGGUGACGGGGAGGAGCGCCGCCAUGUCAGGCCGGAGAUGGAGCCCGCGGCGGGAAAAGCUCUCUGUGAAAACAUUGUUGCCGACGAGCUGAUCAGUAACUUCCAGGUGGACCGGAUCAGCAUGGACCGGUUCUCCCCCGGACUACCAGGUGAUCCAGAGGGCGGCGGGAAUGUGUCGGUGCAGGCGGUGUACCGCAGCAUCCUGCCGGACCCGCAGCCCUCCGCCGUCUUCCUGCACUCCUUCCCGGCUCCGCCGCCCGUCACCGAGGCCGGUCUGUCUCUGGCCGAACCAGCGGAACCGACCACCAACGUGACGACGGACCGGGCCGAGACGGCGGGUCGAGACAGGGGAUACACGGUUCUGGUUCAACCGGAGCUGAGGCCCGGGCCCGCGGAGGACGCCAUGUUGGACGGUAACGCAGACCGGCUGUCGCUCCCGGUCAGCCUGGACGGCCCGGACCCGGACACCGGGUACGGUAAAAACUCAGCGGGGGCUGAGGACCAGGCGAGCCGCGGCCUGCGGGACUCGUCUCCGCCCUGCCGGUCCCCCAAGAGGCGGCUGAUGACGGACACCGUGAAGCACGAGAAAACCGCAGCUGAGGACUCCUCCCGGCCCGAACCCGGACCCGAACCCGGUGUCGGUGCUCCCCCGCUCGCCGCCUUCCAGGAUCUGAGCCCCGGGUCUGAGGUCCGGGUCUCCCUGGACCACGUCAUCGAUGACGCGCUGGUGGUGUCCUUCCGGCUGGGGGAGAAGGUUUUCUCCGGGGUGCUGAUGGACGUUUCUAAAAGGUUCGGACCGUACGGGAUUCCCAUCACAGUGUUUCCAAGACGGGAUGAUCGGAGUCGGCCUCAGAUGUCUCUACAGUCAGAGCCCGUUACCAACGAUGACCCGUCUACCAAACAGGAAGAGGUCACCGUCAGUCCCCCACCUCCUCUUCCUCCUCACCCCUGGACCUCCAAACCACCACCGCUGUUCCAGGAAGGGGCGCCAUAUCCCCCUCCUCUGUUCAUCAGGGACACCUACAACCAGGCCUUACCUCAGCCACCGCCACGCAAGAUCAAACGGCCAAAGCGGCGCUAUCGCUGUGAGGAACCAACCUCCAUCAUGAAUGCCAUCAAGCUCCGCCCUCGCCAGGUGCUCUGUGACAAGUGCAAAGGUGUGGUGGCUUCAGGUGGGCAUAGGGAGGCACGGCGGGGCCCGGUGGAUCUGAGGGGCGAGGAGGCAUCUCGGCGGCGGAGGCCAGCUGAAGGGCCGAUCUCCUCUGAGGUCAAACGACUGAGGGGCGACGACAAGGGAGGACGACCUGCCACCGACAGACGGUCAUCAUCAGGGAUCUGUGUGUCAUCUUCUUCAUCAUCUUCCUCCCGCCGUGUUCUAAGGGGCGUGGCUUCAUCUUCAUCAUCGUCAGCGUCAUCCUCAUCAAGUCGCAUGCGUCUGAAGCUGAACUCUAAGAAGGGUCUGGCCAAAGGUUCUGCCGGCGAUCGCUCCAAAGCGCGGCAGGUUCUCAAGAAGCUGGCAAGGAGCUCGCAACCGCAGCCUCAUCGACGGCCGAAAGACCAGAGCCAGAGUCAGACCCAGAGCCAGGACCACACCAAGGCUGUGACCCGAGCUGCUGCCUUGCAGAACCACAACCAGAAGGUCCACUUCACCCGUCGCCUGCAGCAUCUCACAGGCGCCGCCGUCACUUCGAGCUCCCACACGGCGCUGCCGCCCAGAAUGCGCCUCAAACCCCAAAGGUAUCGUACCGAUGACAGCCAGGCAUCCUCCUCCUCCCCGCCCAAACAGAGCGCUCGCUCAUCACCUCCCAAACCCGCUUUAAGCCCCGCCCCCAUACACGACUCGGUCCCGCCCACUGCCCCACCACCUCUCUCAACCACAGAUUCUCCCCCAGCACCUCCCCCCUUCUCUUGUGCAGUCAGUGUUUCCAUGGAGACACAGGAGGUCCGCCCUGCGGUAGAGGAGGAGACGUGUCAGGGAGGGGGAGGAGAUGAGGGGCAGGUAGUGGAGCCUCCUCCCCCUCCAUCCUCCUCUGCUUCCUCCCUGGACUCGUCCCACUCAGAGUGCAGCUCCACAGAGACCUUUGACCCUUCUCCUCCUGGAGACCCGCCCUGCUUCUCCUCUCCCCCUGCCCCUGCUCCUCCUCCGUCCUCCCCUUCAGGGCCUCAGUGCCCCCCGUCUUCCUCCCUCGUCACUCCUCCUCCCAGAGCAGACAGUGAGGAGACGCAGGCCGGCGGUGAGGAGGAAGAGGAGGAGGGAGGUGAACUGAAGCGGCGCCGUAAGUCUUCCACAUCCUCCUCCUCCUCCUCCUCCUCCUCGUCUUCCUCCGUCUUCUCCAAGUCGGUGUCCAAGUGUUCGCUCCCCGACGGUCGGACCGUGUGCGUUGGCGACAUCGUCUGGGCUAAGAUCUAUGGUUUUCCUUGGUGGCCGGCUCGUGUGCUCGGCAUUACGGUGGCGCGGCGCGGCGACACAGGGCUGGCAGUCCGGCAGGAGGCGCGAGUCUCCUGGUUUGGCUCCCCCACCACUUCCUUCCUGCCAUUAGCCCAGCUGUCACCCUUCCUGGAGACCUUCCAGUCUCGCUUUGACAGAAAGAGGAAGGGACCGUACCGCCGUGCCAUCGCUGAGGCCGCCAGCGCUGCCAAACAGCUAACGCCUGAAGUCCGAGCGCUGCUCACGCAGUUUGAAACGUAGCAUCUGCUACUGUUAACACAUACCCCCACCCCCCGCCCCUCCCACCCCCACUGCCCUGUCCUGCCCCCCCCAGGUAGUGGGAGGAGCUUGUCCCCACCCCCUUCCUGGACAGAUUCUUGUCUGUCUGACAGAGACUGACGCAGACGGACGGACGAUGUUUCUGUUUCUGUUCUUCCUGUUUAGAGGAGGGGGCGGAGCUUCUGGGUUACCAGUCAGUGUUCAAGGGUGGGGUCAUGGUUUACCUCUGCAGGCUCCUCCCCCUGUGUUCGCAGGUGUCAGGUGUCCGUCAGCAGCAGCAUUUUCACUCGCAAUCGAGUCACAGCGUCGUCUAUGGGUUGUUAAAGGGACAGUCCACCAAAUUUACACGUCAUCAGUGAACAAGAAAAUACCCCUGCUCAUGUCACAGUGAGGUCAUCAGUCUGCAGUUCACCAGGCAGGCAGACACGAUGCAGGUGCAUUAUGGGAAAUGUAGAAUCCAGUAUUUCCGGAGCUAAAGCUAGGAGUUUGAUUGGUUUGUUGAUGAAAAUGAAAUCACUGCAGAACACGGUGUGACGAACGCAGCCUGCUGAUUGGCUGAUAGACAAUGACAUCACAGCGUCUCACAUCAACAAUCAGAAAGCAACAGAAGUGAAUCAAUAAUGUAAAAUAAACACUAAGCUAACAGUCUCAGCUAGCCUCUGCUAUACUGGACACAGAGAUUAUUGAUUGAUAAUCGAUUGAUUUAAUUGAUCAAAACGUCAACAUCAAAACAUUUCUUUCUGCUGUUCAUGAGUUUUGGUUUGAUAAUGGUUCAGUCCAGUCCGAUGGCAGUGUGAAACGCUGAUGUCACUUCCUGUUUUGAGGCGCUAGCUCUGACUGAAAACCUUUAUUUUUAAAGACGCUUCGUUCUGUUCAAAGAUAUCGAUAUAAAAAACUGUGAAUCACAAAGUGUUGUUCAAACUGAGGCCGGAGGUCCCAAACAGAGUCAGAGUGGUCUGGACUGGUUUUUAGUCCUGCACCAGAUCAGGUCCAGAUUUUUUGGAGGUUUUAAUCAGAGUUUUCAGACCAGGAUCCUGGAACAUUCCUGAAUUCAUCAGAGUGUUUAUGUUUGAUCAGUCAUACUCUGAUCACUAAUCAAACGUAUUGAUCCUCAGUUUACCCGUCGCCCCUCAGGGUGUUUCUGCUGCUGUCUGACCGUGCCAUUUAUUUAAGACUUUUAAUUUGAAGGUCAGAGAUGUUUUAUGGAGACGACGUCUCACUCGCUCUGUGUGUUCGACCCCCAAGCCUCAGUUUAUCGACAGACAGACGGACAGGUAGGACAGGUUGGACAGGUAGGACACACUGACUGUUAGACAGGAAAGCUGCUCUGCUCUUUGAUGAUGAUGAUGAAGGUGGAUUUUCCCUCUCUGCUGUUUGUAGUUGCAGCUGUCAGACUCUUUACCGUCUGUUUGCAGAUCAGAGAUUCUGAACUAAAACCUGUUUGGACAAUGAAACGGAAACAGACUAAAACCAGAAUCCGUCUGAGAGUCGACCUGUGUACAUGUUUUUUUUCUGAUGUUCUAUUAAUAAACUGUCAAACUUC